GAGGAAAAAGAAAGAGCAGACCCCCCCACUCUCCCUCUUCAUUACUCCCUCUUCCUGGACACGCCCACAUGGGGGAGGAAUUCUAUAUUAACAGCUGCAGAUCGACCAGAACUUCAUUUUUUAUUGCCUCAGGCUCGUGAGAAAUGGACUUAAGAACCUGAUUCUUCCAUUCUCGAGCUGAUCGUAAAGCGUGGGGAGAGGGAGACAACAUUUAUUGAAGAGAGAGAGAGAGAUGCAAGCUGUGCAUCAAUGGGGAUACAGGCAAGAUGGGUGCUUAAGAGCACCUAAUGAUGGCGCAGGAAGAAGACAAGCACACCAACGUACGUAGAUGCGGACAGCUGAUGUAGAAGAAGGAUCUCAGUGUCCCGAGAUCCCAAAGACAUGGCUCGUAGCGACCGCAGGCCUUUCUCCAUCCAUGUCGUCUUCUUCCUUGAGCUGCUGCUACUUCUUGCAGCUGCUGCUAGUGUCCUCUCGGCAUCAGCAGCGAACAACACGAUGCGCCCUCGCAACGAGCUUCGCAAGUACAAGAGGAUAAGAGCCUGUCUUAAGAGCCUCAAUCGGCCUUCUCUCAAGACAAUUCAGAGUCCAGAUGGUGAUGUUAUCGACUGCGUUCCGUUUCACCUCCAACCAGCAUUCGAUCAUCCCAGGCUGAAAGGAUUGAAACCCAUGGUACCAGAAACUUCGUCGAACAUAUCUUUGAGUACUCCGCAUCGACCUUAUCCAGAUCCACCAGAGAGGCCUCGAGGCCAUGAAGCCAGCGUCUUGGCCGACGGCGAAGACAGCAUCCAGUUAUGGAGGACUUCCGGCGGGACAUGCCCCGAAGGAACGGUUCCGAUCCGGAGAACCAAGGAAGAAGACAUCCUGCGAGCCAGCUCCGUGAGGAGGUUCGGCAGAAAGCCGGCAGCAAGAACACGGAGAGUCUCGGAGGGCUCCGGACAUGAGGCUGUUUGGUUGCAGCAUGCAGUAGGGUAUGCUGUGGGAUAUCAAUAUUAUGGAGCAAAAGCAAGCUUAAGCGUGUGGGCACCUCGGGUAGCCAGUUCUUCUGAGUUCAGCCUAUCACAAAUAUGGGUCAUCUCAGGAUCUUUCAGCAGUGAUCUCAACACCAUCGAAGCUGGAUGGCAGGUGAGCCCACAGCUUUAUGGAGAUAGCUCUCCUAGAUUCUUCACUUAUUGGACAACGGAUGCAUAUCAAGCAACAGGCUGCUACAACCUCCUGUGCUCGGGCUUCAUCCAAACAAGUAACAAGAUUGCUAUCGGAGCUGCAAUAUCUCCAACCUCGACUUACAAUGGCAGGCAGUUUGACAUCAGUCUACUGAUUUGGAAGGAUCCAAGCCAUGGACACUGGUGGCUGGAGUUCGGAUCCGGCGUGCUCGUGGGCUACUGGCCGUCCUCCUUGUUCAGCCACCUCGGAGGGCACGCGACCAUGGUGCAGUACGGUGGAGAGAUCUUCAACACCCGUCCAUCCGGGUUCCACACCGCCACCCAGAUGGGCAGCGGCCACCACGCCGGAGAAGGCUUCGGCCGAGCUGCUUACUUCCGGAACUUGCAGGUCGUCGACUGGGACAACAGCCUGAUCCCGGUGACCAACCUCCGUGUCCUCGCCGACCACCCAAAUUGCUAUGACGUACAAGCAAGGAUCAACAGAGCCUGGGGGAGCUACUUCUACUUCGGAGGACCAGGAAGGAGCGUCAGGUGUCCUUGAGCCAUAAGAACAACAGCAAGCCCUCUUCAUCUCCUCAUCCUCUCAACGUCAGACUCUGUGUUCUUUCAAGAAAUCUGAUCUUUCUACCUCCUCAAUUGUACAAACAGUGAGAGUAUACAUCCAAUUUUGUGUUCAUGUCAAAAAUGCAUCAUCUAAAAGAUUGUUGAGAUAGAUCACGGGUGGCACAUGUAUUUUGUUAUUGUUCUUCUUCUCCAAACAGCUACUUCCUGUUCAGGUCCCCUUGUGAUUUAGAUUUGCAUGUAUAUUUCAGUACAACACCAUUAUAAUUUCUUUAA